AUGUAUCGAAAAAAGAAAACUACUAAAGUAUUUACUACAACUGAUAUCAUAAUAAAUGAAAUAAAUGAUGAUAAACUUCUAUAUGAUCUUAAUUCUGAACAAAAAUGUGCUGUUACUUGCUCAACAGAUCAAUCAACACUUGUUCUUAGUGGAGCUGGUAGUGGAAAAACUCGCGUAUUAACAUCUCGUAUUGCUUAUUUAUUAAAAAAUUGUAAUGUUAAAUCGUAUCAAAUAUUUGCUGUUACAUUUACAAAUAAAGCUGCACUUGAAAUACGUCGUCGUAUAAGUCAAAUGUUACCUGGUAUACAAUUAAAUGAUAUGUGGCUUGGAACAUUUCAUGGACUUGCGAAUCGUUUUUUACGUAUACAUUGUAAAAUGGUUAAUCUUCAUAAUGAUUUUGUAAUUAUUGAUCCUGAUGAUCAAUUAUCAAUUGUUAAAAAAAUUCUUAAAGAUGAAAUAAAUGAAAAUAAUUUUUAUACAGAUAAACCAAAAGCUAUUGUUAAUUAUAUAAAUAAAUGUAAAGAAGAAGGUAAACGUUCAUCAAAUAUAAUUCUUAAUAAAGAAAAUAAUUUUAAACAAUUAAUUUAUACAAAAUAUGAAAAAUAUCUUCAUGAAGAAAAUAAAGUUGAUUUUGCUGAAUUAAU